CCCUAAUCCCACCCCUGCUAAUUACACCCUGGGCUACGGCAACAAAACAGUCCUGUUCCAGAGGCUCCACCUGGUUGAUCUGGGCUGCUGUCCUCUGUAGAUAACCUGAGUGUGGUUGUGGUGCCCUUUUGACCUUCGCCUUAAAAAUGAAUCCAGUUGUUUCCCAGCCAAGAUAUGGUGCAGGGGCCACGGCUAGUGACUGGCAAACCGGAAUGUUCGACUGCUGUGAUGACAUGGGAGUUUGCCUCUGUGGGACUCUUUUCCCCCUGUGCCUUUCAUGUCAGAUCGCCUCUGACAUGAACGAAUGCUGCCUGUGUGGAGCAAGCGUCGCCAUGAGGACCAUGUAUCGGACCCGAUAUGGCAUCCCGGGAUCUAUUUGUGAUGAUUUCCUAUGUAUGACGUUUUGCACUCAUUGUGCCCUUUGUCAACUCAAGCGAGAUAUUGAAAAAAGAAAAGCAAUAAAUGCUUUAUAAAAGGUGCUUGGCCAAAUUCACGUUGUGGUAAAAGAAAAUACUGGAAUGAAAUCCUGCAUCGAUUCAGUGCUAUCUCAUUUCGAGUCUUAGAAAUUAAUUCAACUAAUCAUACAGUUUCAAAUGGCUUCAAAACAUUUUUAAUUUCUGGUUUAUUUUGAAAGAAAUGUAUUUCCAAUACGGUUUUCCAAGAUGAUUGCCAUUAAAAAAUUAAUUUUGUCAACAA